AUGGGAAAUGAAGACGUCAUUUUGUACGAACAGGAAUCUCAAUCAGACAGAUUGAGUAGAAAAACCAAAGAAGCACCCAUGUUCCCUAUAGCCAUUGGUGUUCUAUCUGUAGCAGUUGGUUACGGAGCCUACAUGUACAAAAACAGAGGCAAAAUGAGCACCAGCAUUUACCUGAUGCAACUGCGUGUGGGAGCCCAAGGCGCAGCAGUAGGAGCUCUAACUUUAGGCCUGGCUUACACCAUGUGGAAGGGCCACCUUGAAAGACAACAAGCCAGAGAAAAGUAG